ACGUUCGAAUGGAUGGCCCGCACGCUCGCCGUCACUGACCGCUUCGUCGACCUCGGUGCCCUCCUCCACUUCAUGGCCUCCAGCCCCUGCCCCUGCUCCGACGGUAUCUUCUCGUGCCCUUCCACCGAACCCAUCUUCAGAUUUUCGAUCAAUGCGUAUUGUAGAGUUGGGAGGGUGGACGAGGCUGUGGUUGCGUUUGAAACUAUGAGUAAAAUGAUCGACGGGAGGCCCAGUGUGGCGCUUUAUAAUAUUUUGAUUCAUGGGUUUGUGAAAUGUGGGCAGCAUGAGAGUGCAUUGAAAGUGUAUGAUGAAAUGAUUAAGAGUAGGGUUAAGCCGGACGUGUAUACGUUUAAUAUUUUGAUCAGUAGUUAUUGUCGAAAUUCGCGGUUUGGGUUAGCUCUGGAGUUGUUUAAGGAGAUGAGAGAAAAGGGGUGCAGUCCAAAUGUGGUUAGUUUUAAUACUUUGAUUAAGGGGUUCUUAAGGGAGAGGAAGUUUGAUGAAGGGGUUGCAAUGGCAUACGAGAUGAUUGAAAUGGGAUGUGAGCUUUCGAGAGUGACUUGUGAAAUAUUGAUUGAUGGGCUUGGUAGAGAUGGUCGGGUGUCGGAGGCAUGUGACCUAUUGAUUGAUUUUUCAAGGAAAGGAGUUUUGCCCAAUGGGUAUGAUUAUCUUGGUCUGGUGGAGGCACUUUGUGAGAAUGGAAAUGCAGGUAGAGCGUUGGAGCUUGUGGAUGAGCUAUGGAAGAGAGGGAGUGUUCCAAGCUUUAUUGCUUGUACUACUUUGAUCGAAGGUUUGAGAAGGUUAAGGAGAAUUGAUGAAGCAUAUAGACUGAUGGAGAGGAUGCUUAGAGAGAGUAUGGUUCCGGACAGUGUGACUUUUAAUUGUCUCCUUCAAGGUCUAUGCAAUGUGGGAAGAACUGUGGAUGCAAAUAACUUGAGGUUGUUGGCUUCUCGCAAGGGUUUCGACCCAGAUGGAAUGACCUUUACUGUUUUGGUGUCUGGUUAUACGAGAGAGGGAAAACAGAAGGAGGGGGAAGUGGUGGUGGAUGAGAUGUUGGAUAGGGAGUUUAUACCUGAUCUUGUUACAUAUAAUAGGUUGAUGGAUGGGCUUGCUAAUGCAAAAAGUUCUGUGCAGCAGCAAGCUAAUGUGAUCAUUAGUAAAUGAGAAUAACAACAUUUUUCAGAUUGGAUUUUUUAUUUUUGUGUCCACACUUGUUUUGAACCAAUUGGAGUACUUGGUUGAUAACGAGGAAAAGAACCAUCAUUUCAGGAAGUUUACUUGCCUGUGAUGUUUCUGAUGUGUAUAUCAUGAACGGCACCUGAAGGGAAAGAAAUUAUGUAUGUUUGGACUGAUGAGAUAUAGAAGGCUAUGAAGACAUGAAAACUUGGACAAUGAAACGGAAGGUAAUAAAUGUUCUCCAACUCUUGUUCAGUUUUCAGUAAAUUGAGUUAAUUAAUGCCACUUCUAGAAUGUCAGUAAAAGAAGUGUGUGGAAUGGAGCUUUGAUUAUGGACCUUCAAGAAUGGAGAGCGAUAUGAGGGAUUCUAUAUAGCCUUGUCGCUUCCACGUGAAAGAGCUUAUCAUGAGGCUUCUGCAAUCAAGAGCAAGUUGCCUUGUGGUAUAUACUUCUUAUUUGACCUAUGAAAAUCAUUUCUGACAAGCUCAUUGUAAAAUUCAAAAUAUAUAUAUAUAUAUAUAUAUAUAUAUAUAUAUAUAUAUAUAUAUACACUCGUUGGUUAUUUAUUGGCAGUGAGGUACUCUGAGCAUGGAUUGUUCACAUGACACACUUCCUGUAAGAUUGGGUGUAAUCUUUGGGGAACUGGGUGAAGGAUGAAUUAGAUCGGCGUGCACAGAAAUAUCAUCUCCAGGAAUCUCCCAGAUUUAGUUCAUGGAGUCUGAGACUUUAAGGUGAUGUAUGCAGCAAGUCGAGUAUUGCAUUAUAUGAAUUCACCUAGUCCUAGUGAAGAGUAGGUAGAUUUAAGUCGGGAAUUUCGAGUGGAGAUGCAUAUAUGUAGAGAAAAAAUGGACCAUGAAGUAUUUCUUCAUGGGAAUAAAAAAUUCAAUCAUCUCGUAAGA